AUUAUAACAUUUGGUGGCCGAAGAGUGUCUGGGUUGCUCGCAAUCGCGCGACAUGUGACCAAGUUGCCCACAACGAUUACAGGUAAUGUCUGUUCGAGGUUCUCUACAAUCCCGCACCAUGUGACCAAACUGUCCACAACGGUUGCAAGUGACAUCUGUUCGAGGUUCGGUACAUUCUCGCACCAUGUGGCCAAACUGUCCACAACGAUUACAAGUAACGUCUGUUCGGGGCUCAGUACAGUCCCGUACCAUAUGACCAAAUUUUCCACAGCGAUUACAGGUAACGUCUGUUCGGGGCUCCGAACAGUCCCGCACCAUAUGACCAAGCUGUCCGCAACGGUUACAGGUGACAUCUGUCCGGGGCUCGGUACAAUCCCGCACCAUGUGGCCUACCUGGCCACAACGGUUACAGUUAAUAUCUCUCCGAGGCUCGGUACAAUCGCGUGCCAUGUGACCAACUUCGUUACAGCGGUUACAGGUCACGUCUCUUCGGGGCUCGGUACACUCGCGUAUCCUGUGACCCUCGCGUCCGCAUCGGUUGCAAGUAAUGGAUGCAGGCGGUUCAGUGCAUUCUCUGCUGAUGUGACCCUCCCUGUUACAGUUCCUGCAGACCUGUACUUUGCGAGGUUCCGGGCAAGUACGCGUACGGUGCUCUUCAGAGCCACAGUUGUAACAUUUCCCAAAAUAUUCUGAUCUAUCAGAUUCUCGUUUAUCUUCAGGGCAUUCAGAGACUACAUGGCCUUCCUGUUUACAGUUAUGACAUCUCGGAAUACGGCUUGGAACCACAAUGCCGCCUCUCUCGAGCCUCAUGAGGUUCUCUUCAUAACUUGUGGCCAUCCCGAUGGACAUGCGGCCUCUCUUUACGGUUCCAGGCUUGAUAAAGGAUGGAAUAACACGAAACUCCUGUCUAGGCUC